CUUCCCAAGGAUAGUUCCGACAAGGACUAUUCUUUUUUCGAAAAACUUUUCGAUCAGAAUGCUCACUUUCACAAGAUCUGUGAUUGGGGUCUCUACCUCGGAGAUGCAGUGGGUGCUCAAGAUCAUAGCGCUUUGAUGCGCGAAGGCAUCACCCAUGUGGUCGUCUGUCAUCCAAGUUUGCCCUUUGCCUUCGAGCGAAGGGGCAUAACGUACCACAGAUGCCCAGUGCUGGAUACGCCGACGUUUGAAUUAAAGCCAAUCUAUGAUCCAGCUUUGGAGUUCAUCCACGAAACACAGAGGAAGAAGAAGAAGGUACUAGAUUAUCUUUAGUUGUUGAUGACGUAUCAGUUAUUUAUUGUAGCCCAAGAAGGCCUUAUUUCUACGAGUACGUACAAGAUCAUCUGAUGUCAUCCAUGAUUGUGACCACACGACUAAAAAACGUUUUAAAUCGCCCACCUCUACUCAGGUCCUCGUCCACUGCCAGAAGGGUAUUUCGCGUUCUACCGCUCUAGUCGUCGCCUACAUCAUGAAGCAUGGUUGGGAUGGACGUGGUGGCAAUGGUGGUGCCGCGGAUCGUGCUUUUGAAACUGUUUUCGCCCAAGUCGAAAAACGACGGCCAGUUGCUUUCCCCAACAUCGGUUUCCAAGAACAGCUACGUCUCUACUUCUCUGGGCAGUUUUCGCAAACGACUAUUGUGGGCAACGUGAAGCGGCUGAUCGAGUUGAAGUUUGAUGAAGCAGAAGACCGAGUCGAGGCACUGAUGGAUCCGACUAGUAAUACUUCCGAAACCGGUGCAAGGACUCAGAAAACCAAGUUCGAAGCUUUGAUGGAUACGGUGGUGUGGAAACGGAUUGGUCUUUUCUUUGAGAACUUGCACAAGUACGAAUUUGUCGAUGAAUUCGUCGAAGUCGACAAAGAGAACAUGGAUGUGGCCAAGCUACUGAUGCUCCGAACCGAGCAAUGGCAGCGUGUCCGCUUACACGACAAAAACGCUCCAAAUCCGUUUGACCAGUACGAAUCGCCUCUGAUCGUCAGAGGAAAUGCUGCUGUGAAAAAGUUGUUGGCUGUGGAGAAGGUCUUGGCACCAACGUUGGAUGGUGUCAAAAUGGCGAAGGCUUUGGCUAACGAGAUCAAUUCGUGGUUGAAGUUGUUGUCGGAUGAGGAAAGAAUGCAGAAACGGGUUCGUCAAAAGAAGUUCGAAGAUAUGGAGAAGCGACGCCAAAGCGAAGAACGAAGAGAUGAGAAACGGAAAUUGAAGAAGGUAGUUCUAUCUUUACUUCUGGUGCUUGUGGAUGUUGUUGAUCAUCCAUAAUAUUAUUGUCUACUUAGUUUAACUAGAAUCAAGCGCGCGCGAGAGUGUGUUUGCUAAUAACUGUGCGAGAUUUAUUGUAUUGUACUGUAGAAGCUAUGGGAAAAAAAAAACAUGGGUGUCGAGAAUGACGCAUCUUGCGUUGUUGGGCCGACGGUAGCGAACUAAUGAACUUCGAAGUUCUCGAUGGUUGUCACUCAUCGAGUUUGCGAUGAUACGAAAACGCUCUUCACCUUUUGACGAGGUCGCUUCAUCGCUAACGCCAACGGCUAGCCAUCCGAAACAUCAAUACUAGUCCCCCUCCCACUACUAGGAGCAAAGUUUCUUGUCUGUAGCCGCAUAUUGUUGAUUAUCAUGGUAUAGCUUUAGAAUCCCUACCCCAAAACUGAACAAGCAAGGAGUGCGAUCGCACGUGGCGAGAGCUGGGGCGGGAGCAGUUUGGGCCCCCUGCGAUUCCUGGUCUUUGCCUUGACGUGGGAGCCACUCGUAAUUUCGCGAACAUCCUUGAGCAGCUACGACUAUCUAUCCACGGCAUUAAACAAAGCGCGGCCUUUCCUUCGAAUACAACGAUGCGGGCAGUCCAUUUUUGAAAGGUAACUUCAAUCCGCGACGAUGACCCAGCAGGCGCAGCGUUCUAGCUCAUCAUGGAUACGGGGCGCGUUCUCGGUUUAAUGGAUUUAGACGUGGUGGAACUAUCACAGCGCAGCUCAGUGUCUGAUUUUGUACGCGCUGCGCGGGAGCACGCCUCGAGACACGCAGGAGCUCAUACCCCUAACACCAAUAAGAGGCUUGCAGAGGAGGUGACCGGUGGCCCUUCAACGAAACGCAUUCCUUCGAUAGGUCACGGACGUCCUACUGUAGUUGAACUUCCGCCGAAGGUUUUGCCUAGUGUCUCUGUGCUGGGGGGCCACGUUGCGCUGACUGCCUUUCAGCCGUCACGUUCUUACCUCUGUUCUAACUCUAAUCGUCGUAAGACAGCGGAGCCUUUGCCGAUAGAUAAUAUGACGUUUGGUGGAUCCACAUCUUCUACGUCGUUCUCGGCUUUAGGCCGUGGAGCAGUCAUGCAGCCAGACCCAGGCCCUACUAGGGGUGGAAAGUCAGCAUAUGCGAUGUGGUACGAAAACGCUCCUUAUCAUCCAGCUAAGCCAAAGGUCUCGAGUAGUGGCCAUCUAACUGGCAGGGUAAUGCGGAAGUUUUGGGGAGAUGCGACAGAAGGAUAUCAGCAGCGUCACUUCGGUUUCAUCAGAGCUGAUAAGCAGAAUACCUUUGAGGAGUGGAAGAGGAUAAACAACGUCAGUGAAGGGUCCACAUCUUCAUCCUCUACAUCCUCAGGAGUGGAGACCAAGUCCAAUGACUACCUAGCAGCAUACUACAAUGGUCAGGACAUCCACUUCUCUAGAGAUGCUUGCGUAGGUGCCAAGGAAGUUCACGAGGGCUCACUAGUUCGCUUCAAGAUGGCGACUAGUACUAAGGGCAAGGGAAAGGGCCGCACUACGGCUGUGGAGAUAGAGGUGACGGGAUACGAUCUUCCAACCUCGGUAGAUAGUAGAAUGAACGACUUCGAAACGCAGCUGGAUAACAUGUCACGUCAACACAGUAAAGAUCUCCAACAAGUAAACCAGGCGGUUGGUGUGUUAAGCCAGAAGGUGAGCAAAGUAGAGGAUCGUCUAGAGGGGUACGCCAAGUCCUCUGCAAAUUCUGUAACGAGGUGCGAGGAGAUGUUUGCUGCACUUCAUAAGCAGAUCGGCAUGAUGAGUCAACAGCAGGGCCAAAAGCAUAGUGGAGGCGGUGUAGUGGACGGCGGAGAUGUAGCCAUGAGCGCUGCACCGGGUGGCAAUAAUGGUAGUGAUGAUACAGUCAUUGGAGGGAUGUCUUCUAGUACAACUUCCACUAGUCCAAGUAGUGGUGUAGUAUCGUUAUCAGUCGGCGGCCAAUCGCUUUACAAAGCCCCAGUUUUGGAGCAAUCGCUGGAGGAUGCGCCCGCCUUGCCUCAGGAGAGACGUCCCCGUGGUUUGGUCAGUUCAGUCUGUCCCCCCCCGGGCUUGGAGUUGCCUGCUGAGGGGGACCCAGUGGGACAGGGAGCGCGCUUUUGUCCAGACGGGGGCUGUCCAUGCCAUGCGCUUGGCCCUAUCGCUGGCGCGGUGUCCCAUAGCUCGGCGUGGGCGUGCUUGGAGGUCGUAACUGAGUCUGGUAGUAGUAUUGCCGCGGCUGGUUAUAGCGCAGUUGCGAGCCCGCCUCCCGCGGGUGGGGUUCCUGUUCUUUCUCGCAGUAGGUUUGGUGAUCAGCCGCCUCUUCUACUUAGUUCUCGCGUCGAUGCGAUCUCUCUCUCUGGUCCUAGUAGUGUUGACCAUGAGAACAAAAGCGCUGUAGUACGUCAGGAGGGUCGACCGACUGCGAGUUGUUCCACUACCAGGCGACCGUGCUCCUUGUGUAAAUCAUGCCCAACGUCAACUAGUAAACUUAGCCGUGACAUCUUCAAUCAUAUCAGGUGGCUGCUGAUUGCUAUAUGUUGGAUCUGGUCGGCGUUUUUGUUAGGACCGGCGGGAGCAGGCAAUGCCCAGAACAAGGCUGCGCAAGAGUUUGAUGACGUUGCCUCAAACCUGUCUAGGGGGGAAGCUAGUCCUGACAUCAGGUACGCGGACACGGAGCCGUCUAGUAGUCCUGGAAGAACUAAAGUAAAUCAGGGAGAUGGAUUCUUUGACAGUGAGAUCGGAGAAAUUAAACAACAACAUAACGCUCGUGACAAUUUUGAACAAAGGAUUGGUGUGCAGCAAGAUGCCCCACAAUAUGGAGAGUCGAGAUGUGGCGCCUCAGAGCAGUCUUCUUUUUUUGAAGGAACUUCUUCUAUUUCUGGCAUCAGAAACACAAAUCAACCGCAUGAAGAUAAUCCCCGAGCUAGUCUAGAUGUUGGCGCACAGUCAGGCAGUUUUAGGCCUCAUGCUGAUGGAGGUUACAACCAACCGCGUCCAUUUCAGUAUGAGACGGGACCACGUCGCAACCCUGUCGAUGUUGCCAAUAGUGGGGAAGUAUUUGACUAUGGUCGAGCUGAAAACGUUCGUCCACAGCUAGUUGAAGCUGAGACUGAGGCAGAUCUCUUUCACCUUGAUGAAGUUGCUGACGUUUUGGAUGAUCAGAUAGUGGAGCGCAUGAAUAUUGCUGAGUACAACUUUGAGGAUAAUGAGGGAGUUGGAGACGCGAUUUCGCUCUUUGAGGGAGGCAGUGGCUCUUCAUCUUCCUCAUCUUCUUCGUACGAUGACCACACAGGGGAGGAGCAACAUCGAAACGGAACGCAGUCUGAUGAUUGGUGGUCUGAUAGUACAACUAGGAACAACUCGAGUGAGAUGUUAGGCAGAACCAGCUCAGCAAUUGGUCGGGCUGGCCGCUGGGUCGGGAGGCGAAGAUCAUACCCGAUCACUCUAGUAGCCAUGAAUAAUAGGAGUGCAGAGAACUCCAACGACACUGAUGUCCGUUUGCGCUUCUUCUGUGAUCCUCUCCUAGUAGAGCAGGGGGGCGCGUUCGAUGCGUUGUUCGUCUCGGAGACACAUUAUAAUAAGUCUGACUGUGUAGCUGGUAACCAGACCUAUCCUAUCACUGCGAGGGCGCCUGGUGUGUGUGAUGACCUGCAUGGGAGGUAUAUGUUCCGCUUUGCGAAUGGUGCUGGCAUUGCGAUCUACAACAAGCAUUGGAUGAAGCAGAUCAGGCGCGGCAACUGCCGGUGGUUUUGGAGAAACCGCGUCAUCGGAGUCAGGCUCCCAGGAGUUGCGUUAAUUUCCGCCUAUGGGCCGGCCGGUGGCACUGACGUUGAAUGGCGUGAGUUCCAAUCGUCGACUGCUGCUGCUGUAGUUGAGCUGCGCAAGCCUUUGCGGGUUAGCAUUGCUGGGCGUAGUGGUGACAAGUGGACUGACAGGGGAUGUGCGGUCUACUUUGCUGGUGACAACUUAGGACUUUGCGGCGACCCGGACUCGCGAGCCUCGAGAGGAUACCGAGGAAAGACGACUGGCAAGUUUGGCCUUGGCGAGCGUCUGGACACGAAUGCCAGGGGGGUUGACUUUCUACGUAAUGCAGACGACUUGGGGCUCGUCAGUGCUAAUGUACUCUUCCAGCAGCCACCGGCUGGCGCCACGACAUCUGUGUGGGGCGAUGACCUGAAGCUAGCACCGGACAGAGCGACGUUCAGGAGCACCUUACCGAGGUGUUCGGGGUGGCGGGAGCUAGAUCAGUUCUAUGUGUCUGCAGUUGAGGCCGGGAACUGUCACGCGUGUGCGUCGUUCGAGUCUUCCUUGCCAAGGUUGGACCACCGUCAUAAGAUCCUCCGCGCAAAGGUCGAGAUAUCUCACCAACGUCGUUCGCGAUUCCGUCAUGCAGUCAAGACCAAGAGGGAGAGGGCGAACCGGGCUAGGGGCAUCCAGGGCGAGGAUGAGAUACUUGAGCUAUACGGGGGCCAGAUACCGCUACGGCGCGCGACCAUCCAGGCCCGGCAGGAGUAUUCGCAGCGUGUUGUCCGGUCGUUGGGCUUGGGGUCAGUUAGUGGCAGUAGUGCGACCCUAGCAGACAUGCCAAGGGUGUUAGUUGGUUCGAGCAGAAUCUUGAAGCAGAGCGCGACGGAGGAGCUUCGUCGGUACCAUUUGUCCCACGACUUUGUUACCAGAAGGCAGCUUGAUGAUCACAUAAACAGGCUUAGGGCGAGGGUGGAGGCAGUCUCCGCAAGAGCUCUAGGUGAUACAGGAGAUGGUAGUGAGGAAGUUCAGAAGCUUAGCAGGGAGCUCGCGACAGCGAUAACGCGAAGGCAAGAGUUUCAGAGGACACAGGCGCGGGGGAACUUCAGUGCUGGUUUGUAUCCGUUCAAGGUUUACCGCGCUAGGGCAUCGGCGAAGGUCGGAGCAGCGGCUGAGGUUUUUGAUCCGGAUGCAGCAGCAGCUCACUUUGCGAAGGUCGGCGCGAGUGGUCAGCUCAAGCCACUGCUCGGGUUGGUCAGGGAGGCUGUUGGUGGAGCCCUGCCGAGUAGGAUCCGCGCUUCACUCUCUGCGGAAGUUACUGGUAAGGAGCUACGUGAGGCAGUAUUACUGCGGAGAAACUCGAAGCAGACGGAUGGCUUUGAUGAUCUAAUACAGUAUUACAAAGCUUUAGACGGCGAUGGAUGGAGUGCGAUUGCUAGCAUUAUCAACGCUGACUGGGAGAGUGGACUUCGAUCCCUUGACGAGCACCCGGAUUGUGCCCGCAUCUUGGACGCGACAGUAAACCUGCUGCACAAGGGCCGGGGAGAACGUGGCGACCUUGACUCGUACAGGGGAAUAGUUAACACGUCCAUACUGGUGAAGGUGCUGAGCUCCCUCCUUCUAUAUAGGUUCGGGCGAGCGGUGGAGGAGGUUGGCUUCCUGCCGCCAAACCAGGGCGGUUUCCGGUCCGGGUUUCAGACAAGUGAAUGCAUCUUCACCAUGAGGCGGAUGUGUGAGGACGCGCAGGAGUUAGCCGGGCUGGGCACGGAGGUGUCAUCCCUUAGCGCGGUGCUACUUCUUGACAUUAAGAAGGCAUACCCGAGCUUUCCUCGCCUAGUUUUUGUCGAGUUUCUGCAGGCGUGGGGGAUCUAUGACUCGCCAUCCGGGAAGAUUGUCGAGCGCAUUCACAGAAACACUACGUACCGGGUCGCGGUGGGUUCGUCGAGGUCAAGGGAGUUCCGCCUCCCGUCAGGGUUUGGCGAGGGUCAGAUCACUUCGCCUUACUUGUUCGCGGCAUCGUAUGAGGUAUGCCUUCGCGUUUGCCGGAAGAUAGUCGACCUUGCGUGCCCGCGAGUGCCACAGAUGCGACUUUGGACGCCACGCCAUCCGUAUUGUUUUAUCCCCCGCAGGGACGCCGCGGCACUCAUUCACCCGGCCUCAGUGUCGUUGAAUGUUACGACGGUAUACGAUCAAGAGUUUGCCGAUGACACUAUAAUCCCCUCUGUUCUUCAAUGCGCCGUCAUGCGAUACCUGUCGUGGAGUCUGAUGGGGUCGGAGGUAGUCGGGAUCUAUGACAAUCGGUCGAAGAUGGACAUCAUUCUGGCGGAGAACCCGAACACAACGGCGAGCGUGCGACAUCUUGGCAACUGGAUGGACUUAAGGGAGGACACUGACCAGCGAGUGCGCAGGAUGGCAGGAGCACUCUCGCGCUUGAACGGCAUUCCGGGAGUGGCAGAGACCACAACUGACUUGCGUGUUAAUCUCCUCGGUCAGGUGCGUACUCGCGGGACAUUUGCGUGCGAGACGAGGCGCUGGGGACCGGAAGACAUCCAAUCGCUGCAGACAAUGGAGAACACUGCACUGCUGGUCCUAUGCGGGAUACCUCGCUUCUUUUUGCGCCUCUAUAGCCUUCCCCUAGCUAGGAUCCGCCGGUGGUACCGGGUGGACUGUGUUCGGUCUUUCAUAUUCUACAUGCAGGCGUCAUUUGUAGGACAUGUUGUGCGAUCCUCGACGAACCGCCUGGCCCGCGGGGCUCUAUUUGGUUUCUUCACCUUCGGAGAAGUUCCAGGUUUAGCGGGGCAGUAUCUACAGCAGUCCAAGAGGGGCCGUAGGCGCCUAGCAAUGUGGGACCAAGUAAAGGACAACUUAGCGGCGGUCUUGGGUGGUCUCCGUACCGAUGAGGAGCUGCUUUCCUUGGUCGUCAGCCGUGAGAAGUGGCGCGUGGUCUGCCUGGAGUUGAGGCUAUCCCAGAUAGUGGCAGACUAUGGGGGGGAUGAUACCGCGACCCCAGGGGAGCUCGAGUCGGCAAGGCAGUGGUGGCGUACGCAUUUCAUGGACAAGCACCGCGUGACACUGUCAGCAGAUUGCCAGUCGGGUGCUCGGUGGUUGGGCCCACUUGGCGCGGGGCAGCUUGCGGACGCAGUUUGCCAGCGUAAUUACACUACUGUAGUGCAAUCUCCUGGGCGGAGUUGGUGCCGUCGGUGUGGUUUCACCGUCCGGGGAAGUCAGUGGGACUUACGCUUCGCUGCUGAGUUCGACGCCACGAGGUUCGAGUGCCCUCCUAUUGCGCUUGGGCGAGACAUCUGCAUAGAGGCAGACGAGGUAGCGGAGCACGAAGCAACUUGCGCGCCGGCUGUCCAGGGGCCACAGUCCAGACCGUGGGCGGGCCAGUGGUCGUCGACGGAGUGCGUGCGGUCGAGGCUCAUAGGCCGCCUUGGGAGUACCUUGCCUGAGGAUGCGCUUUUUCAUCUUCUCGUUAGUGAGACGGGCCCGGCUGUCCGCUCGCUUUUCGGCGAGGUUGCUCAAUCUGAGCUGCCUUGCGAGGCCUUGGAGCGUAGUGCGCUGAAGUCCAGGCAUGCCGCUUUGUACAGAGAGGUCUACGCGUGGCCGUUCUUUGACUUCCGCGAAGAUGAUGACCGUAUCUGGUGCUCGUGCGCAAAGUGUAGGGGCAAGCCUCUUGGUAGUCUUCGCGUUGCGUUCAGACACAUGAGGAUGGCAAAGAGGGAGGUGGCGAUCAAUAGGCUUGCGGAACUGCUAGAGCAAGCACAGCGUGAGACAAAGGAGAGGGCAAAGAAGGCGAGGGACGAAAAGGCUGCGGAGUUCAGAGGCGCCGCGGUCGAGUGUGGGGGCUCUGCUUAAACAAGUCAUACAAACAGGGUGUUGGGGGUCUGGUUUUGGGUAGGGUCAGGCUGGUAGGUGCUGGAAGCCAAGUAAGCUGUCAGGUUGUCCUAAGUGAAAGUAAGUAAGUUGCUCUUCUACAGAAACGCUAAAAGUGCUCUUUCUCUUUCUAUCAAAACUCUUGUUCUCGUGUAGUGAAAGCAGAAGCAGGGCAGUUUAUAAAGUCACUAACAUAAGCAGGCUAAGCUAGUAAAGGAAGAAAGUGUCGUCUUCAGUGGUUGCUUUCUCGGUUAUGUCAAUAAAAAAAAGUUUAUUACGGUAAGUUCGUUGAGCUCAAGUCUUGUGUUGUGAAGCGCGUGGUAGUGUAGUUAAGUUGUUCCGCUUGCGUAAAUAAAGCAAAAGGCUGUCCCGUCUCACCUAAGUACACUGCUUACUAAAGUCUUAGAUGUUUGAACGGUGAUAGUUGGGGUUCGUUGUCUAAAACUCUCGCUUAUGGCUAGUUCGUGUUAAGUUGUAACUUUUCACAACAGGCGUAACCGUGCCGCUUCUCCACUCCACUCUUUGCGUGAGACCCAUCGUGUGUAUCAUCUAUGGCGCCCUUGUGGCAGUCUGCACUGAACUUUGUGCGAGAUAAAUUGUAUUGUAUUGUAUUGUAACUUCACAAGCCCAUCAUCGAUUUAUAUUGCUUUUAUUCCAAUCAUUUCGAUUUCCUCAUCUUCAAAAUUCGAAAUCGAACUCCUUCUCUUUUCAGGAAAAGAAGCACGAGCGCAAGGAAGAGAAGAAGGAGCAGAAGCGGUUGAAGAAGGAGGAGAAGAAAGCCCAUGACGCCAAAAAGCCAGUUCUCGUUGAAUCUCGUUUGA